AUGGUUAGAGGUCCAACGUACGACCCGGAAGUUGUCCGGCGAAGGAUUCAUCAACACACCACCAUCAAUAUGGGCAGCUUUUUCGAGUAUUUAGAGCAUUUGAAGAAGGAAUUUCAACAACUACAGACCCAAAACAACAAGUUGAAAAGCGAUAAUGAGAAGAAGGCACAGGAGCUGAACAUGUUUCAAAAGCAGGCUCAAGAAGCAGCGUUACAAAGUGGGAAUCUCCAGGUAGAGGUUGCUCGACAAAGUGAGAUUAAUCGACGUUUGCAACAAGUUAUUCAACAGUAUGCUUUGCAUUUGACGCAGGAACAGCAGCUAAAUUUGGGAAGGCAUAUGGAAAGUGCAAUGAAAGUUAGCACUCAGGUAAGACUUGAAUUUUACAUUGUAUUUAUAGUUUUUUUGCAAAUGUGGUUUUUGAUAAUAGUUUUAUAAUUCUAAAUAGUAUAUGUCUUUUUAUGUUAUGUUUAGGUAUCAAAUUUAAAUUUACUUUAUGUUUAGGUAUAAAAUUUUAGUCCACUUUGAUUUUUAGCUUUUUCAUGGUCUAGAAAUUAAAUCUCUGUUUUGCGUUUUCAAUACUUUAAUAACACCGUUUUGCAAAGCUUUCUUAAACCUCAUUUCCGCUAAAAGUUGCCAAUUUUGUGGCCCUAUCCGAUAAUACGCGGGAACAUAUCUUGUUUAUUACACUGUACCGAAAAUAAGUGGAGGGAUUUGAUCCAUUAGGAGAUAAUCUGCUCGGAAGGGUUAAGAGAAGGCGGAUUAUCUCUUCGUCAAGCCUUUAUGCCUUUGAUUUUCGGCUAAGAGCUGAUGAUCCUUGCGAAGGGUUUGGAAAGUUUGGCUAUAAGCGGAAAUGACAUAAUAAAAUCGAUUUUAUGAUUUUGACAAAAAAAAUUUUAAAUAUCUUUUUUAUUUAGAUAUUAAAUUAACAAUUUAUUUCAGGACAUAAUACAACUUCAACAACAACAACAACUUAUGCAAGCAAUGAGUAGUAUGAGUAAUGUUCCACCCCAAUUAAUGGCCAUGAUGAGCAUGGACAUGAAACCCAACGAUCUUAUGGCACAAUUUGCCGCGAUGCAACAGUUCUCUCCGGCCAACUUAAUGCAGGCACAAGCUGCUAUGGCCCAAAUGGCUCAAAUGAACAUGUUGGGCAACCCAGCAGCAGCUCAACUGAUGGCCGCGGCCGGAUCUAUACCACCAAGUUCAAUGGCCGCGUUACAGCAACAGUCGGGUCAACAAAAGCUUCCAAUGAUAUCGACUCCGAUCAGUACUCACGCUCAGUUGCCGACGACACCAAUGUCAUCGGCUACGAUUGCUGCUCAUAAUGGGGCCGCAUCACCGUUCCAACGGGCCGCUUCGUCUCGCAGUGGAUCGACUAGUGGAACACCUCUGCCUAAACGACCAAAAAUGGAAGAGCCGGUAAGGAUUUGUUAUUUGAUUUUAUUUUGUGUAUGUAAGAGCUAAAGUUAUACGGCUGUGCUAUAUACGUUUACGCGGUUAUUCGGCAAAUUUCAUGGCUUCAUAACAAAGGUUUUGUUACAAAAUCAUUAUGUAUUCGGUUUUAUACUAAUUCUGGCUUCUUCUUUAUUUUUAUAAAUCUUUUUUUUUUGUAGCAGUCCCGUCCCACUUCCAAUUCCGCUAAGUCAGACAAGUCGGAUGAAGGCGGUCUUGUGAUUGAUGUUCAAAACGAAGAUCAACAACAACAACAAAACGGAUUUAUGAACCAAAACGCUAUGAUUCCACCGACAAACGGCAUUAACGGAACGGUGGCCGCAGUCUAA